GGCACCAGAGCCCAUGACCGCCACGGAACAUGACCAAGCUCUUCUGCCAGGGGCUAAAUCUGGGACCUGGCUGCCAGGCGUUCUGGCCCUGCCAUUCGACCUCCAGCGCCUGUCGGGGAGGCCCCUUCCUUUCCUGACCUGCCGGGACGGGCUGCCAUGUCCCACCGGAAGUUCUCUGCCCCUCGGCACGGACACCUGGGCUUCCUGCCCCACAAGAGGAGCAGCCGGCACCGGGGCAAGGUGAAGACUUGGCCUCGGGACGACCCCAGCCGGCCGGUGCACCUCACGGCUUUCCUGGGCUACAAGGCUGGCAUGACGCACACUCUUCGAGAAGUGCACCGGCCGGGGCUCAAAAUUUCGAAGCGGGAGGAAGUGGAGGCAGUGACGAUUGUGGAGACGCCGCCUCUGGUGGUGGUCGGCGUUGUGGGCUAUGUGGCCACUCCUCGAGGCCUGCGGAGCUUCAAGACCAUCUUUGCAGAGCACCUCAGUGAUGAGUGCCGUCGCCGCUUCUACAAGGACUGGCACAAGAGCAAGAAGAAAGCCUUCACCAAGGCCUGCAAGAGAUGGCGUGACGCCGAGGGCAAAAAGCAGCUGCAGAAAGACUUUGCCGCCAUGAAGAAGUACUGCAAAGUCAUUCGCGUCAUUGUCCACACUCAGAUGAAGCUGCUGCCUUUCCGGCAGAAGAAGGCCCACAUCAUGGAGAUCCAGCUGAAUGGCGGCACGGUGGCUGAGAAGGUGGCCUGGGCCCAGGCCCGGCUAGAGAAGCAGGUGCCGGUGCACAGUGUGUUCAGCCAGAGCGAGGUCAUCGAUGUCAUUGCUGUCACCAAGGGCCGGGGGGUCAAAGGGGUCACGAGCCGCUGGCAUACCAAGAAGCUGCCACGGAAGACCCACAAGGGACUGCGCAAGGUGGCCUGCAUUGGCGCCUGGCACCCUGCCCGUGUGGGCUGCUCCAUCGCUCGGGCCGGGCAGAAGGGCUAUCACCACCGCACGGAGCUCAACAAGAAGAUCUACCGUAUUGGCCGUGGGCUGCACACGGAGGACGGGAAGGUGGUCAGGAACAAUGCGUCCACCAGCUACGAUGUGACGGACAAGUCCAUCACGCCAUUGGGCGGCUUCCCCCACUACGGGGAAGUCAACAAUGACUUCGUCAUGCUGAAGGGUUGCAUCGCGGGCACCAAGAAGCGGGUCAUCACGCUGAGGAAGUCCCUCCUGGUGCACCACAGCCGCCAGGCCCUGGAGAACAUCGAACUCAAGUUCAUCGACACCACCUCCAAGUUUGGCCACGGCCGCUUCCAGACGGCCCAAGAGAAGAGGGUGUUCAUGGGUCCCCAGAAGAAACAUCUUGAGAAGGAAAAGUCCGAGACCUCGAGAGACCUGUAGGCGGCUUGGGAUGGAGGGAGCCUGAAGGAAGCAUGCGCGACCCCUGCCUGCUCCCUGUGUCUAAUAAAGUGCGAAGGCGACUCU